GAAGUGGUCAUGUUUGUGUUGGGCGGAGUGUGACCAGAAAUCUGACCAGAAUUAGGAGCAAAACUAACCUAAUUACUGAUCUCUAUUUAUCUUAAUAUGCGUGAAGAGUUUACAUAUUUUUUCGGUUAAUUUAAUUCAGGAGCAGGAAUUAAAAUCUUAUAAAAUUUAAGAGAAUUUUUAUCCUUUAGUUCCGUAGAUAGCGGGCUUUAGGAAGGAGCAUGUUUCUUGCUCACUCCCCGUGUUGUCAUGUGAAUUAGUUUAUAGCUGAAACUCCGGGUUGUUGUUGGGUUUUUCGAUGACACACAAAUAAAGUGAUAUUCUAUCAUCAUUUGAUCACAUUCAGCACAAUAAUGGUGCGUUUUAAGCUAGCUGGUUAAUUCUGUCUCCUCUUGUUCGGAGGAUUUAUUUGCUUUGCCUGCGUUUACUCGUAAUAAGCCUCUGAAACUCCUCAGUCACCCCACAGCGCAGCCUUGACGCCCACAGGGCAGCUGGAGGAACGCAGUCUUCUGACAGAUUUGUGUCCUGUUCUACUGCCGAGUCGCAGAAUCUGUUGGAUUUGACGGAACUUUAAGAUGUUUGCCAGGAAAAAUAAACGUCCUGCGGCUCCUAAAGGCCAAGGAGCUGCUGCUGCCAAACAGAUGGGUUUACUUCUGGACUUCAACCCCGAGGACGUGAUGAUGGAUGUGAGUGAACAUGUGGAUGAUCCGGAUCUGGAGGCGGAGUUCGCUGCCAUUGUGGGGAAAAAACCAACUGCUGCUGCUAAAGCAAAAAAAAACGCCAAAGCUCCGUUACCGAUGGAGGAUAUCGAAAAGAUGACUGAGGCCUGCAUGAAAGACCUCGAUGAUGAAAGCGAUGAUGACCUCGAGGGAGAUGAGGAUCUCCUGGCGGAGCUACAGGAAGUGGUGGGUGAAGAGGAAACCGAUUCUGGGGCAGAAACUGCAACUUCCCCUGGCACUGAGGAAACUGGGCCAGUGAAACCAGAACCACAGGAAGUAAAGGUUUCCUCCACCACCCCAGAAGCAGCAGUAUGUGGUAGUGUUGAACACACGCUUCAGGAGAGAAUUGUCAUGUACAACACCGCCAUAGCCAACGCCAAAGCUGCAGGAGAGUCAGCAAAAGCACGCCGCUACGACCGAGGGCUCAAGACCCUACAGAGCAUGCUAGCAGCCGUACGUAAAGGAAGAAAGAUAAACGAAGCGGAGAUCCCACCUCCAGUGGCGUCUGGUAUCUGUAGUAACGCUGUUCCUCCCUCGGCUCCUCCCACAUCCGCACCAUCUCCAUCCGAGCAUCACGAAGAGUCGGACAGCGCCGUGGAGACGUCACCCGUGACCCCAGAGAAUAUCUCCGUGUCCACACUGCCGGAAGUGAAAGUGUCCUCAGCAGAGACCUUGCCCGUUUCCGUGGAGACCGUGACCCUUCCUCUGGAGCAGUCAGCCAGCAGCGACGGGCCGUCCUGCAUGGCCUCACCCCAGGAGGAACGUAUCCCAGAAUCCCUUGCAGAUGCGAAAGUAAGUGCCCCCAGUAAGGAGGUGCUGUUGGAGAGACAGAAGCAGUACAGGACGGCCGCUGUGAGGGCCAAACAAGCCGGAGAGCUGGAACAGGCCAAAGCGCACAUCAGGUGCAGCAAGAGUUUUGAUGCUGCGCUCGCGGCGCUGGAGAAAGGAGAGAGCGUGGACCUCUGUAAACUUCCUCCUCCUUUGUCGGGUGGGAUGGAAGCUUCUCCAAAACCAGCUUUAAAAACUUCUCAGUCGUCCCCGAACGUGCAGGCACAAGAGGCAGCGGUGACUCCGCCCAGCCCGGCCCCACCCAAAACAGUCUUGGAAGCUCUGGAGCAGAGGAUGGCUAAAUACAGGGAGACGUGUGAUCAGGCUAAAGCUAAAGGUGACGAACGCAAAGCUCGCAUGUACGAUCGCAUCGUCAAGCAAUAUCAGAGCGCCAUCCGCUCACACAAAGCAGGACGAGCGGUUAAUUACGAAGAGCUGCCAGUACCGCCAGGUUUUCCACCAAUCCCAGGACAGCAGGCUGUUAGACCUGAGCAGGGAUUGGCUGCUGCACUGGAAACAGCCAAUAAGCUUGCAUCUAACGAGGCAGAGGGCGGAGAUGAGGAUGAGGAAGAGAAAGAGGAAACUGAGAAGGAAAAAGAAAGCAAACAGCCCAGAGCUCCAGCAGCAGCAGUGGAGAAGCAGAAGAAGCAGAUGAUGGCGGUUCCUCAGAUGGUCCAGCAUCCCAAAAGAACUCCUUCACCUUCACCUGACAGAACCACCAAGAAGGAGAACGUGUCUUCCGCAGUGACAGAGCAGGUGGAGAUGUUGGAGGCUCGGAGGAAGCAGUACCUGAAGGCAGCGCUGCAGGCCAAACAGAGAAACGAUGUGGAACAGGCCAAGGUUUAUUUACGCACUGCCAAGAGCUUCGAGCCGCUGAUUACUGCAGCACGCAGUGGCAAACACGUCGACUUGAGCAAGGUCCCGUCUCCCCCUGCUGAUGAGGACGAGGACUUCAUCGUGGUCCAUCACAGCGAGGUGGAGCUCUCUGAGAAAGCCGAGGAGGUUUACACUCAGCUCAGUACCAUGCUGAAGGAGCAGUACGAGAAAUGUAUGACUUACUCCAAGCAGUUUACUCACAUGGGGAACAUUGCUGAAACAACGAAAUUUGAGAACUUGGCAGCGAGAUGUAAGAAGAGUCUGGAGAUCCUGAAGCUGGCUCAGAACCGAGGACUUGAGCCUCCCAAACACCACUUUGAGGAGAGAACGUAUCGCACCGUCAGGAUAUUUCCGGAGCUCAGCAGCACUGAUAUGGUGGUGAUGAUCAUAAAAGGAAUGAAUCUUCCUGCUCCUCACGGCGUGGCAUCGAACGACCUGGACGCGUACGUAAGGUUUGAGUUUCCCUACCCGAGCUCGGAUCAGCCUCAGAGACACAAAACUGCAGUGAUUAAAAACACCAACAGUCCUGAGUACAACCAGAGCUUCACCUUAAACAUCAACCGCAACCACCGCGGCUUCAGGAGACUGAUACAGUCCAAGGGCCUCAAACUGGAAGUGUUUCAUAAAGGUGGUUUCCUGAGGAGUGAUAAACCUGUAGGAACAGCUCAUAUUAAACUGGAUAAACUGGAGACUGAGAGUGAAGUGCGUGAGAUAGUGGAGGUGAUGGAUGGCCGAAAGCCCACGGGAGGUCGUGUAGAGGUCAGGGUUCGUCUCAGAGAGCCGCUGAGUGGUCAGGACGUGCAGACGAUCACCGAGCGCUGGCUGGUUCUGGACCAAUCACACUCAGUCUGAUCUCCACUCUGUCUGAUCCGCUGCGGCGGUGCCACGCCCACGACACGCUGCUGUUCCUCGUCCUUUUAUUACAGAAAUUGAGAAAAUGUUACUUUCGCACCAGAACCACAUGGAGGUCUGUUCACACGUUCAGCCCACCGUCAGGAGGAAAAAAAAAACACACACACAGUUCAGGUGAUUCACAUUACACAGUAGGAUUAAAUGAAUGAAUGAAUUAUUAAAAACACACACGCACACACACACACACACACACACGUAUAGAUGUUUACGAACUCUUUUGUGUGUAAAUCUGAAAUGCUGUUUGUGAUUAAUGUGUGGCUCCGUGAUGUUUAAUCCGCACUAAUACCAAAGCGAUCGCUGGAGCUGGAACACGACGUGCUGCGAUGAUUUAACCUGCUGUUUUAUAGCACAACGCUGCUGGAACAUUAACGCUGAAGUGAUUUAUCUAUGCAAAGUGUUUGUGUCGAUUCCCUCAAUGGGUUUAUAAACUUGUGUGUACGCUAUAAAGCAAAUGUGCUGCACGGAGAGACACGGGUUUAACCUCGCAUCACACGCCAAAGCCAUAAUCCACAUUCGUGCAAAUGGAAAUGAUGAGAAUUCACUUAUUUAUUAUAUCAGAAGCUUAAAAGCACUGCUGAGCGAGCGUUUAGUAUGGAAACUCUUCCACUAUUGUGUUUUUAACGCACCCUUAUCAUCCACUUCCACAAUUCCAAGCCCUCAGCGUACGUCAUCCUGUGAAGACAUUCGACUGACUGCCAUGAUCGGAGAAAAAAAACAAACAAACGUCGUGUCGGGAUUUUGAGGUUUCGGUCUCCAUGUCCUGAACAUCGCAGCUGCGAGUACGAAUAAACCUGCAAACAAGUUUACACUUUUCACCAACUUUCUUCCUGUGGUCAUGAAAGUGGUUGUGGAAUUUUAACAGCGCCACCUGCUGGAUUGGAGGAUUCGUACGGAACGGAGAACACAGGACCGGAAAGCGGAAACGAGUUCAUGAUGUCGUGAAGGUGGUUUAAUUUUCUCACAGAACACUCCAGGUGUCGUUUUAAAUAUUUGUCGUGUUUUAAGUAAGCUGAGGCUUUAAGGAGCGUGCCAUUAUUUUGCUCAGUUUACGUUUGUUGGAUAACUGCCUGCGUGUUUGUUUACACUGGCGAAGUUUAAACCGUUGCUCCGAUUUAUAAUUCAUAAUAAAUAAGUAAUUUGCCUAAAACAGGAAAAAUGUAAGUCGUUAAAGUUCCAUGUCGCAAACCUAUGAAUAAAUAAUGGCUUGCUGAUGUGAAGAGAUGGUUCUUUAAUGAAAGUGUUGUUGGGGAACUUCUCCGGUUCUCCAGCUCUUCUGUCUCUAAGGGUUUUAUCUUCAGUGUUUUUUUUGUUUUUUGUUUUUUCUUCAUGAUUUCCAAAAACUGAAAGCUUUUUAAAUCGCAUGCUUUUUUUGGUAGUUGAACUCUGUGGCAGUGGACGAGGGCACGUUAUAAAUGCCAGGAUGAGACUCUUGCGCACUCUUCCGCUGCUCUUCUUGCACUUUGACAUUGUUUCGGGGUUGGGGUUCUGUCGCUCUUCAGGCUGUUCGUUGAGUUUGUACGUAAUGUUCUGCUGUUCAAACCAAACACACUUGUACUCUUAAUGGUUUUAUUAUUAGAAUUAUUGAUGUCUGUGUUUUCACUUUAGAUCGUAUAUAACCUCGAUCAAGUCUUGCCAAGUGAAGUGGUUGCCAUGGAAAUAUACUCAACUUAAAAAUAGCUUUCACUCAUCCCUGAUAAUCAAUGAUACGAUAUAUUGCAAUAUUUAACACGAUCUUAUCCGAAGCACUUUCAAAUCGCAGCAUGGAGACUAAAACGUAACUUUUGGGAGAACACAAACUGUUCCAGUAAAACCGUUCUGCGUGUAGAAUGGCACUGACCUGCUGGAAGGAUGUAAAUAAACACCCAGAUCUUUAUUCUACAUGUCGUACACAAUUUCAUUCAUCUCCAUUGUCUACUCUGCUUUAAAGUUUUAGGAGGUGGGGCUUAGAUGGAGGCGGAGUCAAAGCGAAAGGGGGCAAAAAGUACUAAAAAUUUCAGCUCCACAGUGAGCGUGUGUGUGUGUGUGUGUGUGUGUGUGUGUGUGUGAGAUUAACCUCGUAACUUCAGUGCAAAACUAAAGACUCCAAACACAGUGAGGUUUUUAGGACAAAGUUGGACAUUUUCAUUAUUUUUUCCUUUAAAUGUUUGAUUUUUUUUUCCAAGAGUUCAUUUCACUACUUUAUUGUUCUUCCAUUUCAGAGUUGUAAUAUUUUCUCCAGUGUUGUUGUUGUUGUUCCUUUUUGUGUAAAAGUAAAUGUGCCAAUAAUCAGUUAUUCAGUGUAUCUCGCAAUAAUCCACUACACUGUCACUGCUUUGUUCCAAUUAGCAAUAGGCUUCCUAAGUAGGGAGGAAUAUUUAAGUCUAACUGAACGAUCCCUCAUUUUAGACGCCACAUUUCCUUCUCUGAGAAAAAACACUGAUGAGAGAACUGAAUACUGGCACAUGCUCAGCUCUUUUAUACACACACACACACACACACACACACACACACACACACACAGAGAGAGAGAGUUGGGAUUAAAUAAACGUGUGUGUAGACACCAUUGACCUGAGCAGAAGAUGAUGUUCUGUUUCUCUGAGAGCUUCAUGAAAGAAGCCGAAAGCUGGAUUUUUCAGACUGUUGUAGAAAGUUUUUGUGAAUUUAAUAAAUGCUUAAAUUCUUUUAGCAUUAAA